AUGUCCGACGACGAGGAAGAGUACUACGAGUACGACGAUGACGAGAUUUUCUGGGUUGAGGAGGCAGACCCAACUGCUGCUGACGACCUAGCCGCAGCCGCUACAUACGACCCUACGUUCCUCGAAGACCCCUCUAUUGAAACUGCGGACUUAUACAGUGACUGGGAAGAGUUAACUGAUGACUACUACGAUGAUGAUCCCACCGCCGUCCGCCGACUACGCGCCAUGGGCAUUUUGCCAAUUGACGAACCAUUCCAUAUCGACGCGCCUCCCUCGAAACGCAGGAAAGUAGCGGAUACCCUUGCGGCAGAUCUUACCUCGUUUCAGGGUGUUGCGUGGAGACAGCCCGAUGAUGAGACAGACAUGGUCGAGAUUUACGCUCCCGGAGACGGCGAAAAGGUCGCACUACUGAAGAACUGGAGGGACAUAUUCCGCGACGCUAAGCCAGCAAUCAAACACCUACGUGGGCGGAUACCGUCUCCGAAGACACUGGACAUUGUUUCGCGGGAACAAAGCGAGUCUGAGCUGGACGUCCCGUCGUUGGUGGAGGAUAACUAUGAGGACGAGAUGGUUUCCUCGGACGCUGCAGAAGCACUGCCUGCUAAGCCGUUGGCCGCUCCAGUUCAUCCCCAGGUGGUAAUCAUGAAUCCGCCUUCUGAAUUGCCCGUCAAUUCGAAGAAAGACAAGCAUGGCGGCCCUAAAGGUACACUGGAGCCACUGAAGGAGGAUAAAGGGUUCGCGAUCAAUGGGGCUACCGCCAAAAUGCCCGCCGAGAAGAAGACCGAAGAGCCCACGGCGACUGCGCCACGUAGGGGACGGAAACGGAAGGCCACAGUCUCAAUGGACGAUCAACCAGAUCAGCCUGGGAACAGCGCGGAUACGGAAGCGCGGCCUAGAGCGAAGCGAGUAGCGACGUCAAAGGCAUCGCAGGCAAAAGCAUCUGAAGCUACAAAAUCUACUUCAAAGUCAUCAGGCCCUGUGCGCCGAUCAGCAAGGCACAAGAAUUAA